GCCAGAUCCAAAUCUCCAGAAUCAUCAAGAAGAAAGGAUUGGUUAUUUUUCAGAAGUAAUCCAGGCUGAUAGAUGAAAUUUAAAAUUCAAUCCAUUGACCAGAACAAGAUGAACUGGAACAACAUUUUGACAGGAUUUCUACAGUUAAAUUUCUUUCAAGUGGUCAUUUCUCAUUGCAUGGUAUAUCAGAUUCCUCCACAGACCUUUGAAAUGCCCUGUAUACCAACUAUGGCAGAGGAUGGUUCCACUUGGCAGGAUGUGCAUGGUACAAUUGGAGACAAUGCCACUGUAUUGGUGGCUGGAGAGAAUUUCUUAUGUUGCCACUGGAGUGAUACAUAUAUGAAUUGUUUUGCAUACACUGCAGAAAUGGAAGCCAAAGCACUUAUUUCUUCAAGAAUUGUUGGUUCAACACUUCAGCAGAUAGAUUCAUUUUGGAAUCUGCAGUUUUGGACUAAUGAAACCACAGAAGAAUUGUUUUGUAUUGUGAAAUUAUCUACUAAGUCACCUUAUUUGAAUGAAGACUUUACAGUUAACCUAUUGCAUGCAUUAACAGAUGCAUCACUGGAAAGUGCUUCUACAAAUUUACUAAAGGAAAAUUCUACAGUUACUCACUGUAAUACUCUAAAAGCCCAAAAAUAUGAAUGUCAGAUAUCUUCAAUAAAACUGAAUCAUAUUUACAUUAUGUGGCUCAAGAUCACUAAUGGAACUAUAUUACUGCAGUCACCAUUGAUGUCAGUCAAGCCUAUAGAUAUUGUAAAACCUGACCCUCCAUUAUAUCUGCAAGUUGAAAUGACAGAGACAGGACAAAUAAAAAUCUCUUGGUCUCAGCCAGCAUCUAAAUCCAAUUUAUUUCUAUACGAAGUGAAGUGUUUUACAAACUCAACUAAAAAUUUUCAACAGGUGGCUGAAAUUACCAUGGGAACAUCGCUGACCAUAAAUAAUGAAUUACUCAAAUCUUCAUAUAUAAUUCAGGUUCGAUGCAAGAAUCAUCAGGAAUUAGGUCUUUGGAGUGAUUGGAGCUCACCUUUUAACAUGGAUCUACAAGAUGUCAUGUAUUUCCCUUCCAAACUCCUAGCAAGUGUUGGAACAAACGUUUCUUUUUACUGUGUUUAUAAAACCAAAGACAAAAUGAUCUCAUCAAAGAAGAUAGUCUGGUGGUUGAAUUUAGCAAAAGAAAUCCCAAGUAGCCAGUACACUUUGGUGAAUGACUAUACUAGCAAAGUUACACUUACCAACUUGCCUGCAAUGAAGCCUGGAGGAAAAUUUCUUUUUAAUGCUUUAUACUGCUGUAAUGAAAAUAAGGAAUGUAAUCAUCGUUAUGCUGAACUAUAUAUAAUAGAUGCUAAUAUCAAAAUCACGUGUGAAACUUAUGGCAACUUACAAAAAAUGACUUGUUCCUGGUCCAUCAACCCAGAUCCAAUACUUUUGGAGAGUACUUUGCUGUUAAGAUACUACAGAAACGAUAUAUACUGUUCAGAAUCUCCUAGCAUGCAUUCAGAUUCAGAGGUAAAAGGAUGCAAUCUGCGGAGGAAUAAUGUUUAUGAUCCAGAUGGAAUUGAAAAGCAGCACGAUGUGAACUUCUAUGUGAUUCUAUCCUUAAUGAUUUCAUGCUCAUUGCUGCUCCUUGGAGCAUUGUUGAUUUUGCAGCAUAGGAUAAAGAAAUUAUUGUGGGUGGAUGUCCCAAACCCAAAGAAUUGUUCCUGGGCACAAGGAGUUAAUUUCCAAAAGCCUGAAACCUUUGAGCAUCUCUUUCUCAAGCAUCCUGAAGCAUUGCCAUUUGGUCCGCUACUUCUGGAAUCAGAAAUAGUAUUGGAAGAUAUCAGUAUUGAUAAAGUAAUGAAACAUGAAGAUAAACAAGAGUUACUAGCAGUUGACUCACUGUUUUCAACCAUUCAGGACUUUGAGCAUGACUCAAUUUGCACUAGUGGUCUUUUCAAUAGCGACAGCCUCUCUGAGAAUGUCCAUGAUGCUGAAAAAGGAGGCAUGUCAGAACAAUGUAAUGUAAAAUAUGCAACUAUUAUAAGUGGCUCCAUGUCAAGUGGGCUUUAUGAGCCUCCAAAGAAUUCAAGUAGUCCUUUUGACAGAAGUUUUGUGAACCUUAAGUCCUCAGUUCCAGCUUCUUUCUCUAGCAUUUCUUGGGCAGUAGGAAAUCAAGCAUUUUUGAUAUUACCUGAAUAUUUUCAAGACCUUCCCAGAAAAACUCACACUCUCUCUGUUAUUUCCUCUGAAGGUUUCUCAGAAUCUUCAGAACAUGAUAAAACUUUCACUGAAGGUGACAGUCCAGAGAGAAGUUUGUUCUACUUAGGCAUGGGCCCACUCAAAAAUAAUGAAAAUGAUAUAUUUUUAACAGAAAAUUCAAAUGUGGCACCAUGUAACUAUCAUACCAAUACUAUCAUUAGAAGCAUGAGGAUUUCUCAAACUGACCUAAAUUCUUUUAUCUGUAACUGUGAGAGGCCCCUUCAAACCUUCAUACCAUAUAUGCCACAGUUUCAAACACUGACAGUUAAGAUACAUGAGACAGCUAGUAGAAAAGCUUAA